AUGGUGACCAGGGACCACUUCGAGAACCUGGCUAGAGCCUUCCGGGACGGCCUCUCGGAGGUCGACACCACGGCGGCGGCCGCCAAUGCCAUCGCCAAUGCCGCCAAGGCCGCUCAGAAGGCCGCCCAACGCGCCGACCCUGUCGCUUCUACACGACGUCUCUGCAUUGCCCCGCGGCGGUCGCGGAACAAGGCGCUGGACGACCUGGCGGCGCUGGGCUCGGCGGAGACCGGGAAGAUGGAGGAGGUCGCGGCGGCGUUCGGGGUGCUGGAGACGGAGAUGGACUUCCUCAAGGACGCGUACCGGCAGGUGGCCGAGUGCCGGCGGAUGCUGCGGUGGACGUACGCAUUCGGCUUCUUCGUGGAGGACCCGGCCAAGCUGCAGCUGUUCCAGAUGCUGCAGACCGACGCCGAGACCUCGCUCGAGCGCCUGCACGGCUGCGCCGAGAAGGAGAGGGUGGACAUCGUUGCCGCCGCCGCCGCCACCGUCUACAGCGACAACGGCGAGCUCGUCCCCCAGGCGCCCGCGCCGGAGCACUACGCCAAGUACAGGGAGAAGCUGUCGAGGCUGACAAUGGUGACCAGGGACCACUUCGAGAACCUGGCCACAGCCUUCCGGGACGGCCUCUCGGAGGUCGACACCACGGCGGCGGCCGCCAAUGCCAUCGCCAAUGCCGCCAAGGCCGCUGAGAAGGCCGACCCUGUCGCUUCUACACGUUUCUUGUUUACUCAAGAAGAUGAAGAUUGA